UUCGCUAACGUUUCUCUCCACAUUAGAUGAUGAUGAUUGAGGAUGGAAUGUGGAGAGAGGAGGUUCUUUUUUGUAUUUCAAACUCCUUUCCAUUCUAUUAAUAACAUUUCUACAAAGGGAUUGUUGGAUUGGAGAGUUUCCCAUAAAUGAAAGGGUUAGUCAAGGGGUUCAAAAACAUCUCCCACAUAUUUGUGUACAAGGAACAUGAGAUGGAAAUUGGGUUGCCAACUGAUGUAAGGCAUGUAGCACACAUAGGGUGGGAUGGGUCACCUGCGUCUGCUCCAUCUUGGAUGAGCGAAUUUACAAAGGAACCUGAAUUUUCAGCUCUGUCACUGAGUAGCUUCGGCCAACCAAGGGAUCCAAACGCAAUGGACUCUUCUCAAGCAGAUUUUGAACAAGACAUGGGACUCCAUCAGGCUUUAGGAAACUCCCCAGAAAAUGAAUUGCCGAAAGCUCGAAAGAAAGUAAAGCGGAAAAAGAGCAAGGCUUGUUCUACCAAGGCUUCUUCCUCGAGAUCUUCCACAAGAUCAUCUAAAUCCAAGGCUCCAUUCACCACGGCCAACAUCCAACUUGAUGCCCUGGAAAGCCUGAUAGGCGUACUGUGAGUGAGAUCGACAUGAUUAGUACAAAAUCCUCUUACGCUAAGGAGAAUGAAAUCCCAUUUUGGUGCAGGGAUAUUCACUUAAAAGGAAAAACAAACAAAGGGCUGGACAGCCUCAUAUAUAUAAAUGCAAAGGAAUGUUCAAUUUUCAUUUGUGAUAUUAGUUGUCUAUUGUCCAAUAGAAACAAUUUGAUUUGUGAGAUUAAUGAGAUGGAAGAUGUUAAUCCCACACGGGUGUGUAUUUGCUGUGAUUGGCUAACAUUG